UAGAGUUGGCGACUCAUACUCUGAACUCUAUCCAGUACAAAAGUGGCGCUCCCCAAGGUUUGGUACUUCCACCUCUGUUAUUUGUAAAUUUACACUAUAGAUCUCCUUACAUGUGCACCGUUCGUCGACGACAUAAAAACUUAUAGUCGAGCCCGUCGAGCCAACAAUUCUGACUCGCUCCAAAAUGAUUUAAAUCAAAUUGGAAAGUGGUGUAACUAACAACUACAAAAACUGCUGCGCUUAAAAAGAACAAUAAGAGGAGAUCUUAUCUCCACCUACCAAAUACCACAACAACAUUCAAACAGUCACAUCUCUAUGCCAGAGACUCCGGGAUCACAAUCUCAAACUAAAAAAAAAAACUACUCCACAGUAUGUAGGGAGAACUUUUUACCAAACAGAGUCUUUGCCCUCUGGAAUCAACUCCCAGCUGAAACAGUGCUACUUCUGGUUAGUAUUCAAGGCAAUCCUUGAUAGUCAGUUCCCAUAGUGCUUAAACCACAACAGAGACUCAAAAACUAAUGCCCGUAUUACAUCUGUGUAUUUUUCCGUGUAUUUAUUCAUGCAGUUCAGGGUGACAACCUAAAAACUUCAAACGCAACAUAAAUCAGCAUUAUGAAACACAAAAUAAUGUUGGCAGCCUGAACUACAUGAAUAAUACAAGGCAAAAUACACAGAUGUAAUACAGGCAUAACAGUGGUAAUAGUAAAGUAGAAAGUAUAAUUUUUUUUUGUUAUAGGGUAGUUCUAGAAAUUAAAGUAUGUCCCCCAAACCCUCUGACUUACAAAGAAAAUAAAUAGAUUUUUACAAUAAAAAAGUGUUCCUUUAAAAAUGCUAGCAAUGAUCACACUGUAGAUAAAUUAGAACGUAGUGGGGAAAAUGUUCAAAUAAUAAUUAUAAUAGUACGAUACGUAUGUCGUAAAUAGUAACACAUAAAUGUUGAGCAAUACCGAUUUAAGUAACACACACUUCUUAAACCUGAAGAAUUUAAAAACCGAAAAUCGAGGUCAACUUUCACCUGUUUAGCUUUCAAUUUCCAUUUGUUGGCACGUCUUUAGUUUUUUCGCGUCGAUUUUCCUGCAUCCUAAGCCCCUUAAUAAUGUCCCUUUCGAAGGUUUUACGAUUACGGCCCUUGUCGCAAAAACUUUUGCCGAUCACCAGUGCUAUUAUUAGUGACAGAAAAAGUGUGUCUUCUUCGGAAAAACAGUUUGCUAAAUUAGCUCAGGAGAAAAAACCCGAUUGGAAUAGGGCCGUGAGCGAAGCUGAAAAAAUUGUUGGAUAUCCGACGUCGUUUUUGAGCUUGAGGUGGUUGCUGAGUGAUGAAAUUGCUAAUGUGGCAUUGCAUUUGAGGAAAUUAGUUGGAUCGAAUCAUCCUUUGUUGAAAACGGCAAAAGGUCUUCUUUACAAUGGCAAAAACAAUAUGCAAGCUUGGGGUCUUAUAGUUUUACUUAUAUCCAAAGCAGCAGGACAUUCUCCAGAUAUUCCUGAUAUGGAACAAGAUAAAGCAGCUGGUGUGUUACAUAGUCAAAGAGGUUUAGCUGAAGUAACAGAAAUGAUUCGAACCAGUCAUUUAGUACAUAAAGGUUUGGUAAACUUACAACCCCCCAAUAACGUGGAUGCCAGUGGAGAUAUGAUGUUUGGAAAUAAAAUUGCCCUUUUAAGUGGAGAUUAUUUAUUAAGCAACAGUUGUAUAGAAUUAGCUAAUCUCAGAAAUCAAGAUCUAGUCGAGUUAAUGAGUUCAGCUGUAAGAGAUUUAGCUGAAGCUGAAUUUGUUGGUCCCAGAGACAAACAAAAUAAUCCGUUACCAGCCAAACCAAAAAACCAAGUCGAAUACAAACAAUUUACCGAAAAUAAUUUAGAACCUUUAGUCGUCAGCGAAGCGUUGGGUAACGCUCAAGCAGAAUGGACUUUGAGGCACGUCCUAAAUGCAGGUUCUUUACUGGGAAAAUCGUGUCAAGGCACUUUGAAAUUGGCAGGCCAUUCCGAGGAAUUACAAGAAAAAGGGUAUUUGUUUGGGAAACAUUUGGCAUUGGCUUGGCAGGCUUGUUUAGAUAGGGAACCUUUCCAAGCAGGUUCAAGUGGCCCAUUUAGUUUAGUGUGUGCUCCCCUUAUGUUUACACUGCAAAACAAACCAGAACUUUAUGAACAUAUUGAGAGAGGACUGGAAAAUGUAGACGAAGUUGAUUAUGAACUUCUUAGAAAAGAAGUCCUUGAAGGUCCAGGUCUGGAACUGACUAAGAAUUUACAAAAAGAACACUCCCAGGCGGCUCUGCAAGUGUUAAACGAGUUACCAGCUUCGGAUGCCCGAACUGCUUUAGCUAAUAUAAUUGCCGCAGUACAAGAAUCCUAAGAAAUGGGCAUUUUAUACAUUGGAAUUCAAGCUAGUCUCACCAAUUUAAAUUUUAUCGAAAAAGUACCUUUUUACAAUAUGAAUCUACUGUGAUAAGAAUGCUUUUAUAUUUUUAUAAUUAUUAUUUUUGUGUAUAUAAUUACUUAUUGUAUUUUAUAGUGGAAAGGAAUGGGUUAAAUAUAUUAGGUAAGUUUAGAUACAAUAUUUUUUUUUUUUUGUGUUUCGUUUUUUUUUAGCUUUUUAAUAACAAUGGUAGAAGAUACAGAGUUUUCCACCCAAUUGAAUUUGACUUUUCAUUCACCAAUAUCAUGUGGUGCGAAAGAGUAGGUAUUCAAAAUAAGGCAAAGCUAUAUCCAUAUGGCUACCCAACUACCUAUAUGGUUAAUUUUUUUAUCGCCAUAUUUUGCACCAGUGAAAAUCUGCAUAUAGUUGUCUGGUUGACA